AUGGUGUACAUUUCAAUGAAAUACAUGUCGACAACAAGUUGGUCCUCAUAUCUUCCUCAAUAUGCACCUGUACUACAAAAAGAUGGACGUCCGGAAGAAAUCAUACGUGUCCGAGAGUUUAUCUCGUAUGCCAACAACUUUAAUCCACAGGCAGCACUCUUUGCUUCAUCAGAUAUACCACUACAUCCUCGUUUAUUAUACUUUCUCAUCAGGGCCUGUGAGCAUUAUGGUUUUGAUUUAUUGGGAAAGCAUAUUAGUCAACGUUUUCCCAAAGACUCUUUUUGGCAAUACCAUAUUUCCAAUCUCAAUUUAAAAGCAUUAUCAACAUCAGUCCUUGGAUUAUUGGAUCGUUUUCAAAAUGAUAAAGACAUUUACGAGUCUGUCUUUGAGUUUUUCAAUCAUAUCAAUCAACUUGGAAUUGGAUUCAAAGAGACCAAUCAAUUAAUUCAACGAAUAUUAUUUUCAAAACAACAACAAUAUCAACCAGAUCAAAUCAAUCACUUUGUGAAACAAUAUCUUAUUAAAUGGAUACCCAACUAUUCAAUCUAUUUACCAGCAGUUAUGAAAAGAAUCAUAGUCCUUGAUCAACCAAUCACAAUCGAUUUUUGGAUAGACAGUCUUUUCAUCUUAACAGUUGAAUACAAAGGAAUACACCAUCAAGAAUGUACUGUACUAUUUCAACAACUACUCGAUACUUUUACUUUUAUUUUUACCACACCACUUUCCUCCUCUGAUUACCAUUUACGAUUUCUCGCAGACCAAUUAUAUGCCAUUACAGAAAUAGUUCGACAAAUAAUACUUUCGGGAGGAAACAUUACAACCGAUCAAAUAGUACAAAUCAUCGAUUUGAUCGUACAAACACAACAACUCAUUCUCUCGAAUGCUAUUAUGUUUCAAUAUCCAUGUGUGGGCCAGUUGAUAAAGACACUAGUUUCAAUGGACUCUCAAUGGAACACCAUUGAAAUGAUAUCAUCACGUGUGAUUGAUAGGGUCGUCGAUUGGAUCAAUCAAAAUAUGAAAUUAAAAUACCGGUUAUUAAACCACCAGUCAUCUCAUUUAAUAGUCGAGUUGGUCAUAGAUUUCUAUAAUCAAGCCAAGAUUAUACCUACAACAGAAAAGAUACCAACCUCUGAAUGGAUUGAUAUUGGUAUUUAA